AUGGCCAACGCGUAUACACCUCCUCACGACCACAUACACGCACCUGAUACACACGAUCCCAACAGAAACAGAGACGAUCCCAGGGGGAACAGAGACGAUCCCAGCAGAAACAGAGACGAUCCCAACAGAAACAGAGACGAUCCCAGGAAAAACAGAGACGAUCCCAGGAGAAACAGACACGAUCCCAAGAGAAAAAACACGAUCCCAGGAGAAAAAAACACGAUCCCAACAGAAACAGAGACGAUCCCAGGGGGAACAGAGACGAUCCCAGGGGGAACAGAGACGAUCCCAGCAGAAACAGACACGAUCCCAGGGGGAACAGAGACGAUCCCAACAGAAACAGAGACGAAACCAGCAGAAACAGAGACGAUCCCAGGGGGAACAGACACGAUCCCAGGGGGAACAGAGACGAUCCCAACAGAAACAGAGACGAUCCCAAUAGAAAAAACACGAUCCCAUACAAAAGAAAACACGAUCCCAAGAGAAACAGAGACGAUCCCAGGGGGAACAGAGACGAUCCCAGGGGGAACAGAGACGAUCCCAGGAGAAACAGAGACGAUCCCAGCAGAAACAGAGACGAAACCAGCAGAAACAGAGACGAUCCCAGGGGGAACAGACACGAUCCCAUACAAAAGAAAACACGAUCCCAUAGAAAAAACACGAUCCCAAGAGAAACAGAGACGAUCCCAGCAGAAACAGAGACGAUCCCGGGAGAAAAAAAACAAGAUAACAUAA